AUGCGUGAUGGAGUCUAUUCAGUGGCACAAUUAAUGGAUAUGGGUAGACAAAUGCUUGGACGGCGGCACGUUAUGGAAGAAGCCUUGGAUACUGUGGAUGAAGUUCAAGUGGAAGGUACUUUUCCAGAUGGGACUUUUCUAGUCACUGUACAUGAUCCUAUUUGUACUGACAAUGGUAAUUUGGAAUUGGCUCUUUAUGGUUCCUUCUUGCCUGUUCCUCAAUGGGAUUCUCUUCCUUUACCUCCUGAACGAACAAAAUGGGAUGCUCCUGGUGCCAUCAUUCCUAUGCCUGGAAAUAUUGAAUUGAAUGCUGGUAGAGAACGGGUCUCCUUGACUGUCAAAAAUCACGGUGAUCGCCCUAUUCAGGUUGGAUCACAUUAUCAUUUUAUUGAAACAAAUGCCGAUUUGGAAUUCAAUCGUAAAGAGGCUUACGGCAUGAGAUUGGAUAUCCCUGCUGGAUCAGCUAUUCGCUUUGAACCUGGUGAUUUCAAAAAGGUGACUCUUGUACAAAUUGGCGGCGGAAAAAGAAUUACUGGUGGUAAUGAACUAGCAACUGGAUACGUGGAUGAGAUCGAUGGUCCGGGGUUGGAGCUCAUCAUUCAAAACCUCGAAGGGAAGGGAUUCAAGCAUAACCCUGACGGUAUUUCUUUACCAACUGCUCCUCCUUACACUUUGGAUCGUUAUUUUUAUGUAGAUCACUUUGGUCCUACUACUGAUGAUUUGAUUCGUUUGGGUGACACUGAUCUCUGGGCUCGUGUUGAAAGGGACUUUACUGUUUAUGGUGAUGAAUGCAAGUUUGGUGGUGGAAAGGUACUACGUGAAGGCAUGGGUCAAGCUACGGGAAAAUGUGACGAAGACGUAUUGGAUUUGGUUAUCACGAACGCUGUUAUCAUCGAUUAUACCGGAAUUAUCAAGGCUGACAUCGGUAUCAAGAAUGGUUACAUUGUGGGUAUUGGCAAGGCUGGAAAUCCUGAUGUGAUGGAUGGUGUUACUACGGAUGAUGACGGUACUCCUAUAAUGAUCGUGGGUGCAAGUACUGAAGUCUAUUCUGGUGAAGGAAAGAUAUUUACUGCUGGCGCUAUUGAUACUCAUGUGCACUACAUUUGUCCCCAAAUUUGUCCUGAGGCCUUAGCAGGAGGAAUCACUACUUUGAUCGGCGGGGGAACUGGACCAAACACUGGCAGCAAUGCUACAACAUGUACUAAUGGAAAAUAUCACGUUAAGCAUAUGAUGAAAGCGACAGAUGAUUUGCCCUUGAAUUUUGGAUUUACUGGAAAAGGCUCCAGCUCCGAAAUAGAAGAAUUGCGUGAACAAAUCCAAUCUGGUUGUCUGGGACUAAAGAUUCACGAAGAUUGGGGCGCAACACCUGCAGUUAUUAACAAAUGUUUGGAAGUGUGCGAUGACGAAAAAGUACAGGUGACUAUUCAUACUGACACAUUAAAUGAAGCUGGUUUUGUGGAAUCAACUAUCGCAGCAUUUAAGGGACGAACAAUUCAUACCUAUCAUAGCGAAGGCGCUGGCGGAGGACAUGCUCCAGAUAUUAUCAGUGUUUGCGGGAAAAACAACGUAUUGCCAUCAUCAACAAAUCCUACUCGGCCAUUUACCUGCAAUACACUGGAUGAACAUUUGGAUAUGCUUAUGGUCGCUCAUCAUCUAUCUAAAGAUAUACCUGAAGAUGUGGCCUUUGCGGAAAGUCGAAUUCGUGCGGAAACAAUUGCAGCUGAAGACGUGCUACAAGAUAUAGGUGCCAUCAGUAUGAUGAGCUCAGAUGGUUUAGCAAUGGGUCGUAUCGGUGAAGUGGUCUUACGAACAUGGAAAACAGCGCACAAGAUGAAACUACAACACUACAACAGACAGCAUAAGGAUUCCAAACAUCUCGAAGAGUACAAGGAAGUCAAGGAUGACAAUUAUCGUAUUCGACGAUAUAUUGCAAAGUAUACCAUCAAUCCAGCUAUUGCUCAUGGUAUUGAUCAUUUGGUUGGAUCAAUUGAAGUUGGAAAAGUGGCUGACUUGGUAUGCUAUAAACCAGCUUUCUUUGGAUCAAAGCCUGAGAUGGUGAUGAAGAGUGGAAUCAUUGCAUGGAGUAUGAUGGGUGAUGCAAAUGGAUCAAUUUCGACAACUCAACCUAUUAUAUUCAAGCCGAUGUAUGGCGCGCAACCAUCAAGUCUGUCAGCAAGCUGUUUUGUAUUCGUCUCUCCAAGUUCUGUGGACACGGUGAAGAGAUACGGUUUGCGCAAAAAGGUGGAACCUGUCCAGGAUUGUCGAAAGGUCUGCAAGGAACAUAUGAAGCUCAAUUGUGCUAUGCCUGAGAUCCAUGUUGACCCUGAAACGUACGCUGUCACUGCUGAUGAUAAGGAAUGUGUUGUUGAUCCAAUGAAUACUUUACCAAUGACACAUUCUUUAUAUCUCUUUUAGUCGUUGUUAGCUCUCUCCUAUUAUUAUUAUCUUUGAUUGUUAUUAUGUAGUAUCAUUCCCUUAU